GGUAUUGAACUACACGUACAUUGGUCUUCGCAUUCGUUGAACAUUCUCGUUCAGAAGCUACACAUAGACUUUGUGCCUCGUUGCACUAUAGCUGUGAAGCAAAAGCACACACCAGACGCUAACCUCGACUGCUCUAAGUCUCUCCGCAGCAGAGCCUCCAUCUGCCUACCCUUGGGCAAGAACGCCGACCCCUGCGUGGGCCAGACUCCUCCAACCCUCCACCAUGGCGAACAUAAACUGGCGGACGAUAGACGUCGACGCCUACGAUCCCGACUCGGCGCUCAAUUUCCCACUGACCACACUCCUCCCCUCCAAUCUACCUGCACCCUCCACAUCCUCCGAGUCAGCACAAAUAGGCCAGCAAGUCCGCCAACUACUCCGCGCAGGCGACAGUGUAGGAGCUCUCCAAUCCGUUUUAGAAACAGCACCACUAGCCGGCGACGAGUCAGCCAAGCAAGUCCACUUCGCAGCCGUACUCGAAGUCCUUCAAGGCAUCAGACAAAGCGACGUUAGCAGGAUAUUAAACGAGAUACUUGAACAACCAGGCGGAAACGCACUGGGAGACACCUUGAUGAAGUACAUAUACAAGGGCAUGGCAAGCGGAGCAGGUGGGAGCGGUGGAAAGGGAAUGAGCCCUCAAGCGACCGGAAGCGGCUUCAGCCAGAUACACAGCAGGAACUUUGGAGAAGGCGGCGGUGGACAGGUUAUGAGCGUCCUCCUCAGCUGGCAUGAGAAGUUGACGGAAGUGGUCGGUGUGGGCGGUAUCGUGAGAGUCAUGUCGGAUCGUCGGACGGUAUGAGAUGAUACGAUUUCAGUCCGGCAUCCCGUACCAGGACAGCGCUGGAUCUUCGUGAGUUCCUCUUGCAGGGACAUCAAUUCACAAGUAUGGAAGUUGAGGCAGGCCAUACGAUCAU